AACAAGAAUCUGUUUUUAUCGCUUGUCGAUCUUUAAUAGACCGGCUAAAAAGAGGCAGUUUAUCGCCAAUUUUAAAGCAUUAGUCAUAAUUUCAAGCAGCUGUGAAAUAAUAAAUAGACUGAUCAAACUUUGAUAUUGUUGAUAAACUCUGAAAUCACCAGGAAUAGUAUUUAACAACAAAAAGGAGAGAAGAAAGAAAAACGCCGUCAAUGAUAAGAUUUCUUUUAGCAGUUUACAUCAGAUCGAAGAUGAUGCACAAACCCCCAGCCGAACUUGAACACGGCCAUAGUUGAUCGAUUCUGGGCAAAGAGAAUUGAAACGUCUUUUGGGAACUACAACUGAUCUUAAGGUAUUAUAAAUCUUCGCUUAAAAGCAUUCUUCAGCCUGAUAAACAAGCUCUCCUAGUUGAAAAAAUAUAAUAUACUUCCACUGAGCAAACCAAAGUCAGCGUCUUAUGGCCGAACACUACCGGAAAAAUGCCUCCACAAUUCCUUCCAAGAAUUAUAAAAUGGAUCUUCCUUAUGGAGGGCGUUAUCUAAGACCGAGAGGACUAAUCCCGUUGGAUUUACCGGACGACUCACGGGAUCCGAAGUUGUUCGUUGACGCCUACAUCGAGACGAACGGAAGUCUAUUUUCCCCUGACGACCUCCUGAAAAUGGAAUGGGACGUGGAACAAUACGUCGGCUUUCUCCUCCAAACCACGGACGCCGACGACGGCGAAACGGCCGAAGACGAUUCAGCGUUGGAGCAUCGGUCGGACGACGAGUGCGACCCAGCCAGCGAAGAUGGCUACCACGAGUUGAUGCAGAAGUUCAAAACGUGCCAAGAAAUCAGGUUCAGGAACGAACGCCUGCCCGACAUACAGACGGAGGUGAAAAGGGAAAGGCGAAGCCGCAGGGCGGCCAAAGUCUGCAGGCUCCCCGUACAAGAGUACAAAAGCGUCCUGGAGAAAUUCAACUUCAUGCUCUCCGACGAAGAAAUCGCUCACGAUCUGGCAAUCGUGAAAAACGCUCUCGAUGAGACUGAAGAAGAAGAUCAAUGAUGUAAAGUUUUUUAAUAUUGAAAAAACAUCCUCAUCAAUGAUUAUCUGGAGAUCACCACACAUCUUCAUCAAUGUUCGAGCAAACUGGCGUGGAUCGAAGAAUAGUUGACAUUAUCGACCAUUUUAAGAUUUCGCCAUUGUCUUUGUACAAUCUUUUAUAUUAUUAAAUUAUGAUAAUAUAUCAGGCAAACA